AUUGCAUAUGGCGACCGUUGCUUCCUAAAAUUAGAGAUUGUUGGAAAGUCUGAACCUUUCAAGCUUUUGGAAACCUUUUAAGUUUAUACGCUACCAUGGCUACCUUAGAAGAACGUCUGGCGGAAUACGAAGUAUUAUUUGCAGAUCGCUACACAGAAAGAGAUGUGGAUUAUCAAAAACAUAUUGCCGCUCCAGUGAAACUUCCACCAGUUGUAACCGAUUGGAAUACUAGUAACUAUGACAGACGGCGAGAUAACCGAGGUCAAGGUGGUCGAGAUGGAAGAGGAUGGGAUGCAAGACACAACAUGCGUGACAACCGGGAUAACCGAGGUUAUGGUGGCCGGCAAGAUUAUCGUGAUCGGGGCCCUAGGGACAACCGAUACCAAACAGAAUACAAGUCGAGUGGUUACUAUGAAAUGUACUAUUGACAUGAAUAUGACAUUGUAUUUUGUGUUCAUUUUUGUUAAUAGUCUAUCUAAAUGGGAGUAUGAUCUAGAUUACAAGAACAUAGUUUUAUAUAUUUAUUUGGUUUGUUUUUUAUAUAAAUAUAAAAGUAAAAAAGGUUACAUUAACUUUUAAAGCA